AGCUGUCGUGUUCAUGGCUCUCAUUGACAAGUGACAACACAAAGGAAAAAAAAAACAACACUAAACGAAACCAUAAAUUUAUAUUGAACUUCCUCUGAGUUGUGCGGGGUGUGCGUGUGUAUGUGUCUGUGUUUGUGCUCUGCUUUCGAUAGCAUAUUUACGAUUCCUUUGUUUCCCUUCCUUUUCUUUUUUGUUAUUGAUAUAUUUUUUUUAAAGACUGGUCCUUCUCUCAGUUUUUUUUUUCUUUUCCUUUAAACGUUUUAUUCGUUUUCCUAACCCUGACCUUUUUGCUUUUUUUCUCCAAGAGUGUGCUUUCUCUCAUCUAUAUAUAUUUAUCUAUUUGUUCACAUCUGUAUUUAUUUAUAUAUAUAUAUGUCUUUCCCCUAUCUCGCACCUGCGCAGAUCAAGCAGCCUAAGCAUUGACACAUUCGUCUAAAAGCGAAGAAUCAAGCAAUUUUUCCCCUCUUUCUUCCCUUCUAUUUGAUGUUUUUUGUGUUUUCCCAUUUCGCUUUCCUACGGUGAUUUGUUUGAUUUCUAAAGCUUCUUUUACUCAAAGAAAACCCUUAAACUCCAUAAUACGUUUUUGUUCGUAUCGACUACAUAGCUAUUCCGAAACGUUCCCGCGCCAUCCAUCGUUAUUGAGCUUCAUCAGUGAGCUGAAGCAUACAACGGUUCAUCUAUUCGAAACAACAAGAAGUGGACACACAAAAAUAAGACGGAGAAAACCGAAGCUCUAAAAACUACAUUCUUUUAUUAUUAUUAUUAUUAUUACUUUAUUAUUUCUGUUUUGACGUCUUUCUAUCGUAUCUGAAAUUUCUUUUCUUUUCUUUUUCAUUUCAAUACUCCACGCAUUUUUGCUCCAAUCCGCUAUUUUUUUUCCUUCUGUGUGUGUGAGCUGCAAAUAAGAAACAAUAAGAAACGGAAGGUAGAACUUCCUGCGACGCCAUCAAACGAAGAAACCCCCAAAACAAACAACGAUUUUUGAACGUGUCCUUCUUCCUUCUUCGUUGUUUUGUUUUGUCCUGUUUUUUUUUUUUACGCUCGUGUUUUGUGUGUAUUUUACUGUUACAUCCUUUCUUUUUAUUUGUUUUUGCUGUUUGUGUGUGCGUUUCUGUGUUUGUUGAGUGCACGUUUGUGCGUGUGUAUGUGAGUGUGUUCGCAUUCCAGUUGCUUGAUUGCUUUCGGUUCUUUUUCCAGUAAAACCUCUCUUUCUCCUUUUUCGAUUGAUUUACCUAGUGUGUCCGCGUGUCUUCGCAUGUGCGCGUGUUGAUGUUUUGCAACUGCCUUUCUAGUUAAGCAUAAUUAAAUUUCUGUUCUCUGACUACCAUUAACCCACUGGACACAUCAUCAUCAGUCCCGUCUGCACCCAUGUCCCAGCAACCGCAGCAACACCGCCAGCAGCAGCAGCAGCAGCAAUGGACGGCGGAUCAGCGGCGUCAGCAAAUUGCUGAGCUGUUGCGCAACAAGGGUGUCAUCUGCCGCGACUACCUUUGCACUUCCCACUGCCCUCGCACGCCGACGUGCCCCUACAUGCACGUGUCAAACGGCGAGACACGUCCAGUGCCGUGGAGUGUGUGCACCUUCUUUACCCAAGGCAAGUGCCUGCGUGACCGCUGCACCUUCUUCCAUGGCACUCAAGCACAGCUGGAGGAGCUGCACGCCACCGGGUCGCCGGUGUACCGUCCGCAGGACUACAUGAAGAUCGCUGUGCCACCUCCAGAGUACCUCAAUCCCGACGGGAGCAUCGCCACGAGCGUCUCUUUCUCCGCGGUGCCGCCCACUCCGACCAUGCAAGUGAUGCGGGGACCCGCGAUGCCGCAUGAGAACGCCGUGAACACCUUCCAGCCGUUGGUGCUGAUGCAGCAGAGCCCGCAGGCUAUAACCCCCUCGAUGUUCUCUGGGCAGGGUAACACCCCCAACUCACGACCGUCACAAUUUCCCUUCUACGCAAGUUCUUCUUUGACAGCGCAGAUGCCCAUGCAGGCAACAACGACCGUCUUUUCGCCAGGUCUACAGACCAUGCCGACGGCAGCAUACUACCAAAGUGCAAACCCGCAAAUGAUGCCGCCCCCACCGCAACAGUACGCGUCUCCUUCGCAGUAUAACACACCGCAUCAGCAAGCACAGCAGCAGCCGAACUCUCAGCCACCGCAGCAGCAGCAACAUCCACUCGGCAAUCAACUCUACUUUCACAUCCAAUCGCAGUAG